CUGGAGACGUUGUUAAUUCCACCAUAUUUAAGGGAGCACGUCUAUGGGACAUUACGGCGCUAUGUCCGCCAUAUUGGAAAGGUCAAGCUUAAAGCUGCCGUGCUGCUAUUCUUACGGCUUGUGCUAUUUUAUCAAACCGUCCUAAAUUUACCGCACAAUUCCGCAAAUUAUGGUGCGCUAUAAAUUACUGUGACUUUAUCGGAAAACGUACUGGCGUUAAAACACUUGUGGAGUGUCAACAAAAACAAACAAACAAUAAAUAAAUAAAUAAGUGACGCGAUAGUCGGCAUAUUGGAGCGGGUGAGAUUACAUUUUAAACCAGAGAUGCGUCCCUGUGACCGCCAUAUUGGAAGAGGCGAUUGUUAUGGUGGUGUUUCAGAGAUUUCAUCAGCUCCAGAAGCUGUACUUCGCUUCCCGGUGGCUAAACCCACACGCCUGUAAUGUGACUGUCCACAAAACCGUCACCGCAGACCGGACGCGACUGCGUUACGCACACGAUGCAGCCCCGACACGCCGACCUUUCUCCAGAGUCAUGCCUGAAGACAUCAACUUCUUUAGCCACCUUCUCCCAGGGAGAAUCGUCACAGACCCGGAUGUGUUGGAGUCCUGCAACGUCGACUGGCUCAAGUCGACGAAAGGUAGUAGCGGAGUUCUGUUACGACCGAAGACGACUGAGGAGGUCUCUCAGAUUCUCAGGUACUGCAAUGAGAAGAACCUGGCCGUGAGUCCUCAGGGUGGAAACACGGGGCUUGUGGGGGGCAGUGUUCCCGUGUUUGAUGAGAUCAUCCUGUCCACUGCGCUCAUGAACCGAGUCCUCGCCUUCGACGGCAUCUCAGGGAUUGUGACGUGCCAGGCAGGAUGCGUGUUGGAGAGCCUGUCUCAGUAUGUGGAACAGCAGGACUUCGUUAUGCCUCUAGAUCUUGGAGCAAAGGGAAGCUGCCACAUCGGUGGCAAUGUGUCCACCAAUGCGGGAGGGCUCCGCCUACUGCGCUAUGGCUCCCUCAGAGGGACGGUUCUGGGCCUGGAAGUGGUGCUGGCAGACGGCAGGGUUUUGGACUGUCUGGCGAAACUCCGUAAGGACAACACGGGCUACGACGUGAAGCAGCUCUUCAUUGGUUCGGAGGGAACGCUUGGUGUCAUCACCGCCGUGUCCAUCCUCUGUCCGCGGAAACCUAAAUCAGUAAACGUGGCCUUCUUAGGCUGCUCCAGCUUCCAGAAGCUUCUGGAGACGUUUCAGAUUUGCAGAGGGAUGUUGGGGGAGAUCCUCUCUGCUUUCGAGUUCCUAGACGCCCCCUGCAUGAGCUUGGUGGAGAAGCAUCUCGGGCUCGUCAACCCCAUCGCCGAGAGCCCUUUUUACAUCGUGAUCGAGACGGCAGGAUCCAACACGGCACACGACGAGGAGAAACUGCACAACUUCCUAGAAAAGGUCAUGGCGUCUUCGCUGGUCCAGGACGGUACCGUAGCAACAGAGGAGAUUAAAAUUAAGGCACUUUGGUCUGUUAGAGAGAGGAUCACCGAGGCUCUAAGGCACGACGGAUACACGUACAAAUAUGACAUCUCGCUUCCGCUAGAGAAGAUUUACGACCUGGUGACUGACAUGAGAGCGCAUUUGGGAAGCAAAGCAAAGAACGUAGUGGGCUACGGACACGUAGGUGACGGCAAUCUUCAUUUGAACAUCACGUCUCCCGCCGGAGACGCAGCACUUCUGGCGGCGAUCGAGCCUUAUGUGUACGAGUGGACGCGCAAGUGGCAGGGAAGCAUCAGCGCCGAACACGGCCUCGGGCUGAAGAAGAGAAACUACAUCUACUACAGUAAGUCUCAGGAAGCCGUACGCCUCAUGGCGGACUUUAAGACCAUGCUGGAUCCCAAAGGGAUCCUCAACCCAUAUAAGACACUUCCUGAUAACAUUCACUGAAGCGUAGAUGCAGGACGUCGUGGAUAUGAACACUACAAAUAACCACGUGCUUGGUUUUAAACCCAGCAUGAGAUUUUAUUGUAAUGUAUGUAAAUAAGCCGGAUUGUGUCUGUUUCCGUUUAGUCAAUAAAGAGAAUUAUUUUGGUUA